AUGAGCUUGACCUCGCGCGUAUUCAGCCUGUUUACGCCGACAGACGCAUCCGCUGAUCCUACCACUCCGGCGGUUCAGUCGGCCAAGUCCAACCAUACCACUCAUACUGCGCCGAUAAGGCCAGGGAUUGACACGAAUGUACACAAUGGACCGGCAGACCUUGAUGAGGAGGAGCCACGCCCUCCCUAUGUUCAUGCAAUGCUCGCUGGAGGUAUAGGUGGUACCUGCGGCGAUAUGCUCAUGCAUUCCCUGGAUACUGUCAAAACACGCCAACAAGGGGAUCCUCAUUUUCCUCCAAGAUAUACAUCGAUGACCUCGUCAUAUGCGACAAUAUACCGACAAGAAGGGCUUUUGCGUGGGUUAUAUGGUGGAGUUACGCCUGCAUUAUUCGGAUCUUUUCCGGGUACAUUAAUUUUCUUCGGUUGUUAUGAGUUCACAAAACGGAAGAUGCUGGACGCGGGGAUUAAUGCUAAUGUAGCAUAUUUGUCUGGUGGAUUUUUGGCCGAUCUUGCUGCUUCCAUCGUUUACGUCCCUAGUGAAGUCUUGAAAACUCGAUUACAACUUCAGGGACGCUAUAACAACCCAUAUUUCAGGUCCGGCUACAAUUACCGCUCUACCGGAGAUGCGUUGCGCACGGUUAUCCGCCAAGAGGGGUUCUCGGCCCUUUUUUACGGCUACAAGGCGACUAUCUUCCGCGACCUUCCCUUUUCCGCUUUGCAAUUCGCAUUCUACGAACAAGAGCAGCGGGUGGCGAAGGAGUGGGUGGGCUCUCGAGACAUUGGAUUGGGGCUGGAAGUUUUCACUGCUGUCACGGCGGGUGGAAUGGCUGGUGUGCUCACGUGCCCUAUGGACGUGGUGAAAACUCGAGUCCAAACCCAGCAGAACCCGGAGCCUACAGCUGCCCCGGCUGCACCGAAACCCCCAGUGGAACAGAAGCCAACGUCGGGUGUGCGGACACAGACGCGACCAAUUUCAACCUCAGCACCUGUGGCAUCGCCGGCGCCACCCGGGACUAUGCGAUUGGACACCUCGUCGUUCUUUACCGGUCUGAAGAUGAUUUACAAGACGGAGGGGGUUGCAGGAUGGUUCCGAGGCGUCGGCCCACGAGGAGUGUGGACCAGCAUCCAAAGCGGGACGAUGCUGGUCAUGUACCAAUACCUGCUCAAGCAGUUUGAAGCCUUUGAGAACAUGGAGGACUCCAAUCCUCUUUGA